AUGUCUAAUCUCAUUGUGGUCAUUGGCGCAACCGGUGGUCAGGGUGGAGGAGUUGUCAACGCCUUUCUCAACGAAGCAGGGUGGAAGGUGAGAGGUACCACAAGAAACACCUCAAGCGAAAAGGCAAAGGCACUCUCCGCGAAAGGCGUCGAAGUCGUUUCUGCAAAUCUCAAUGACGAAGAAAGUCUCGAGAAGGCUUUUCAAGGCGCUACGGCAAUUUUUGCAUUCACCGACUACUACGAGACGUUCUUCGAAUUGGGAGAUGAGAAGUCUCUGGAGCUGGAGUUUGCCCAGGGCCAGAGGAUUGCACGUGCAGCAGCCAAGAACCAGUCGCUUCAAAGACUCGUGUUUAGUUCUGGGCCUCACACAAGCAUGAUUACCAAUGGAGAGGCGAUCUGUCCUCAUCUUGAAGGAAAGGGGCGCAUUGUCACGUAUGUCACGCAGGAAAUGCCAGACCUUGCCGCCAAGACAACAUUCGCUGUUUUCACCGUCUUCGCCAACAACGCAUUGCUCUACGACAUUUUCAAGCCUAUCUACGUGCCAAGCGCCAAGAAGUAUGUCACCUUGUAUCCAACGCCUCCCAGUACACCAUACCCAUGCGUUGGGGAUCCUGCAAUCAACGGGGGCAUCUUCGUUCGACGACUAGUGAAGAGCCCACCGCCUCCGGGCUCCUUUGUUCGAUGCAACGUGGAAACUCUGACCAUGGAGUCUUACCUCGCCGCCUGGGGGCGAGCUACCGGCCUCGCUCCGGAAGAUGGGUCGACUGCUGCCGUGCAGAUUUCUCCCGAAAGCUACGUUGAGCUUUGGGGUUCGAUGGCGCAAGAGCAGCUUUCUCAAUGGAAAUUCUUCCAAUGGCUCCACGACAAUUAUCCCCCAAAAUGGGAAGGGAUUACGGUGGUGGAAGGAAUGGAUCUCUUAACUGACGAGGACAAGAAGGAACUUCUGAGUGUCGAGGAGUCGCUUAAGCGGUACGACUGGAGCGUGUUCGAGAAGAAGCCAACUGCUAAAGCCGUCACUGGUUGGUUCUCUACCUAG